AUGGUUUCUUCCAAUUUAAAGAGGAAGGUCGAGGACGAGGAGUUUUCUGAGGAAGAGAAUUACGAUAUUGCUGCUAACAUCGCCUUAGAUAGCGACAGUGAAGCUGAGAGCGCGGAUGAAGAUGAGGAGGACUCUGAAGCAGAAGUUCAAGAUGUUAUCGAGUUUAGUGAUGAAGAAGAGCAAGCAAAGGAGAAGAAAGUAGGCCGUAAGAAAGAAGAUAAGAGCCAGCUGCAUAGUUUCCCCAGCCUCGAGAUGUCCGACGAUGACAAUGCAGAAGAAGACAACGCCGACGAUGUGAAUGAGUACUUUUCAACUACAUCCGUAAAUACAAUGAAACACAAGAAGGGUUCGUUUCCAAGUUUUGGUCUUUCUAAGUUCAUACUUUCAAACAUUUCGAAAAAAGGCUUUCGUCAGCCAACUCCAAUUCAGCGGAAGACGAUUCCCCUGAUUUUACAACAUAGAGAUAUUGUGGGUAUGGCCCGAACUGGUUCAGGUAAGACAGCGGCAUUCAUAUUACCUUUAAUUGAAAAAUUAAAAUGCCAUUCAGCUAAGAUUGGUGCACGCGCUUUAGUUCUGUCUCCUUCGAGAGAAUUAGCCAUGCAAACACAUAAAGUCCUCAAAGAGUUUUCUCGUGGUUCUGAUCUCCGUACUAUUCUUCUUACGGGUGGUGACUCGCUUGAAGAACAAUUUGGAAAGAUGAUGUCCAAUCCUGAUGUUGUGAUCGCCACUCCAGGUAGAUUUUUGCAUUUGAAAGUUGAAAUGAAUUUGGAUUUGAAAUCCAUUGAAUACGUUGUCUUUGAUGAGGCCGAUAGAUUGUUUGAAAUGGGUUUUCAGGAACAGCUCAAUGAAUUACUGGCAGCCUUGCCUACUUCCAGACAAACCCUCUUAUUCUCCGCCACUCUACCAUCUUCGCUGGUCGAUUUCGCUAAGGCUGGACUGACCAACCCUGUGCUUGUACGAUUGGAUGCCGAGACAAAAGUAUCUGACGAAUUAGAAAUGCUUUUUGUGUCUGCAAAAAAUGAAGAAAGAGAAGCAAACCUUCUCUAUUUACUGCAAGAAGUUCUUCAAAUUCCGGUCGCUACCCCAGAACAACUACUUGAAUAUAAGAGGAGGGACAACACAAAUAAUGAUAGUGAUGAUAGUGAUAGUGAAGAGGGCGGUAAGCGAAAGAAGAAAAAGGGCAAAAAGAUGGGAAAAAGGCUCCCUGCUGCAAACGAGCUACCGUCUGAGAAGGCUACAAUAAUUUUUGUGCCAACAAGACACCAUGUGGAAUAUGUUUCUCAGCUUUUGAAGGAUUGUGGAUAUCUUGUAUCCUAUUUAUAUGGUACUCUCGAUCAACAUGCUCGUAGACAACAAUUGUACAAUUUCCGUAUAGGUCUCAGUACUAUCAUGGUUGUCACAGAUGUUGCUGCAAGAGGUGUUGAUAUUCCCAUGCUAGCAAAUGUCGUAAACUACUCAUUACCUGCUUCAUCUAAGAUAUUUGUCCAUCGUGUGGGUAGAACAGCCAGAGCUGGUAACAGAGGAUGGGCCUAUUCCAUUGUAGCCGAAAAUGAGUUGCCAUAUUUACUAGACUUGGAACUCUUCCUAGGAAAGAAGAUUCUCCUCACACCAAUGUACGAAGCCACCUGCGAUAUUUUGAAAAAUAAGUGGAUUGCAGAGGGACACGACGAAUCGUCAUUCCAGUCGCCCCCUGUCUCUUACACCAAGCGAAUGGUUCUGGGUUCAUGCCCAAGGUUAAAUCUUGAAAACUGUGGCGAUCUUUACAAAAAUUUGGUUGAUUCCAGUUUCGAGUUGAGAUCUGCGAAAGCAGUGGCACAGAAAGCUGAAAAGCUUUACUUCCGUACUCGUACUUCUGCAUCGGCAGAAUCAAUGAAAAGGUCGAAGGAAGUAAUUGCGUCAGGAUGGGAUGAACAAAAUCUGAAAUUCGGUCAGAAUUUGGAAAAGGAGAAGCUCAACUUCUUAGCUAAAUUGCAAAAUAGAAGGAACAAGGAAACUGUUUUUGAGUUUUCUAGAAAUCCAGACGAUGAAAUGGCUGUUUUAAUGAAGAAAAGAAGAGUUCAGAUCGCACCAAUCCAGAGAAAGGCGCGUGAAAGAAGAGAGCUGCUUGAAAAGGAAAGGAUAGCGGGUUUGAGACACUCUGUAGAAGAUGAGAUCUUGAAAGGUGAUGAAAAUGAAGUGGGAUAUGCUGUUUCUGAGGAAAUUUUGAGCAGGGAUUUUGAAGAUGCAGACGAAGUUUUAGCAGAGCAAGACAAGAAGAAAAAGCGGAAAUCUUUCAAAGAUCCAAACUUCUUCUUGUCAUAUUACGCCCCAGGCAGUGAAAUACAGGACAAACAGUUGGAGCUAUCCAAUGGCUUCACUAAUGAUGCUGCUAAUGCUGCAUUCGACCUUCACGACGAUGAUAAGGUACAAGUCCACAAACAAACUGCUACUGUGAAAUGGGAUAAAAAGAGACAAAAAUAUGUUAAUAUGCAAGGUAUCGAUAACAAAAAGUACAUCAUCGGCGAAAGUGGUCAAAAGAUUCCAGCAUCUUUUAGAUCGGGUAAGUUCGAAGAGUGGUCCAAGGCCAGAAAGGUGGGUCCAAUCAAGGUCGGUGCAAGAGAAUCAAUUACAACAUCGAAGUUAUUGUCUAAUCCAAGUAAUGAGGAGCGUACGAUCGGAGGUAGAUUCAAGCACAAGCAAAUGAAGGCUCCAAAGCUGCCAGAUAAGCACAGAGAUGACUACAAGACUCAAAAGAAGAAGGUGAAGAAGGCCAUGGAAAAUGGCAUUGCUGUCAAGGGCUUCAAUGCGGCUGGCUCGAGAAGCGAGCUAAAGUCUGCAGAACAGAUCAGAAAAGAUAGAGCAGUGAAGACGAAGAGACGUGACAAAAAUGCACGUCCAAGUAAAAAGAGGAAGUUUUGA